AUGUACUUCCCCAUGCUCUCCGUUUUCGCAGCUGCGGCCACGGCCAUCGACAUCGGCCUGUACAACAACGACAUAUGCAACCCCCGGUCCACCGUGCACGUCAUGUGCACCAACGCGGACCCCGGCGAGUGCUGCUCGGCUUCCACGGACCGCUGGAGCUCCGACAAGGUCUGGGCAGCCACGAGCUUCCAUCAGAUCCCGACCGAGUGGAACAUUGAGGGCAGGACAUACCACGAACGCGACUGCCAGGGCGGCUUCAAGACGGCGCGCUCUGAGGGCAAGACGGAGAUCUGCAAGGCCUGGGCGCAGGUCCAGGGGCCCAUCAUCAGCGGCAGCUACCACUUUGUCGGCGCCAAUGGCAGAGAGCGGCGUCGCGGCGACAGUCGGCCAUGCAGACGGGCCGAUACUCUGGUGUUGGCUGAUGGCGCCGAGUAUGAUUUGAGAAGCCUCGAUGAAGCUCAUUUCAGUACACUUUUUGAGCUUGCGGCCAACGCGGAGAACCUGACGACGGCCGACAUUCCCGCGGGGUUAGCUGCUUUUAGAAAAUAA